AUGGCGCGAAUGUCGGAGCGAGGGCGUUUAUGGGCAAAGCGUGGCCUGCGUGUCGCGGCCGUGGCCACAGGGAUAGUCGGUGGUCUGUACAUGCUAGCCCAGUUUGCAUUGGCCAAGUUCAAUGAUAUGCAAGAGCGCUUGCUACGAGAUCGUGUUGCGCGAGAAAAUUUGCGCCGUCGGUUUUUACAAAACCAGGAAGACUGCAACUUCACCAUUAUGGCAUUGUUGCCUACGCUCUCAGCGCAGAUCUUUGCAGAAAUGGAUGUUGAGUCCAUCAGCCAUGCACUUCGUGAACAAAACAAGAAAAGUAUUCACCCGCCUCGCACGACACCAUCUGCGGCAUAUGAAACACGAAAUGUAAGUGAAUCUCAUUCGCAGCCAGUAUCGACGUCAGAGAUGUCGGAAACACCCACAGCGGAAACAACGACGCCGCCGGUGUCGGCGGCUGCUUCUUCCUUAUCGCCCUUGGACGCUCAGAAAGGACCGGCGGAGGGUCCUGUAUCGAAUGAAGAUGCAGCUGCCACCGUUGCUGUUAGCGCUACGAAGUCAAUGCCGGAGUCUUUGUCACAGAGUGCAACCCCCCAGUUUUCUACGCCGCAAUGCUUGACGCCUCAGCUUGAAGCACCAAAUGCAGUAGCGAUGGCCGGUGAGAAUGCAGAUGCAGAUGCCAAUACCAAUGUGAUUGAGCAUGCGGAAACUAGUAAGAUGGUGGGCGACUCGCCACCAGCUGACCAUGCCACUCCAAAAAAGAUGUGUCCACAAAGUGGGUUAGACCUGGUCUCUGAGAAACCACCAGAGCCUAUCUCGGCAACGACGAGACUUCCUGCGAUUACCAAGCACGACGUAGUUGCUGAUUCCGAGACUCCGGCUACAUCUGUAACUCCAUCUGUCGAUACAGGCCCAUCGUCUGUGAGCGAGGACGAGCGCCGCGCCACAAAGCUGCGUCUAUGGAAUGAGAUCAAGCUCAAGUCAUUUGAACGCACAUUUACAACUCUGUAUACACUGGUGUUUUUGUCAUUGCAGACAUACAUUCAAUUAAACUUGCUGGGCCGGCGUGCCUACCUGACAGCGCUCGAGAACCAGGCGAAGCGCGACGCUUAUGCUCGCGCCCAACGCGAUUUGGGUGCUGUGGAUGAGUCGCAUUUCAUCGAGUUGCAUGGCGACGGCUCUGACACGGUCAUGCGUGAUGACAUGUUUGGUGUGGACGAACGCCUAUCGCAAGAUACAGAAAAGAAGUACCUGACCUCCAGCUAUUGGUUCCUUCACUACGGAUGGCGCGAGGUUGCUGCCGAUGUGCGGCAAGCUGUGCAAGAUGAGUUGGCGGAUAUGCCCCUCAAGACGAUGCUUACAUAUGGCCACUUUGAGGCGCUUGUUGACCGGAUAAGGGAGCGUGUGGAAAAACCAUCGUCUUUCGAUACUCACUCACAUGGUUUUUGGGGCCGGCCUACUGGAUUUAGCGGGAUUCUUCUGCCCGAAUCAGAGCGUGAAGAGGCACGCAUGCUACGUGAUGCCGGUGCUUUAGAUCCGGCUGCGUCGUUGGACGAGGCUGUGACGCCAGCUCUGCGUGCCCUGCUCGAUGAAACAAAGGACUAUAUUGACUCGCCUGACUUUGCGCACGUGGUUUCUUCUGCCUGCGAACAAGUGUUUUCAUUGUUUCUGAGUCAUAUGGCAACGUCUUUCGGUGUGCGGGUGAACGAGGCGCGUCGUAUCGACAAGCCAUUAUUACUGGCCAAGGUUCUGCCACUCGUGUCGCAGCAGGCGCAAGUGGCCCUGAAUGCGACACCGAAUGACUAUGUGGAUGCAGUUGUCGAUUGUCGCGACCUGCGUGCGCUGAGCGUGCUCAUGUAUGCGGCUUGGGAUGAUGAAGGAGAUCCAUAG